CCACCAUGGUUAAGUUGGAGGGUUGUAGAGGCUGGUUGAUCACGCUGGUUACUUUCUUUCAUUUCUUCGCUAACUAUGGAUUCUUAUAUUCGUAUGGACAAUUCUUAGUCAUCUUCCAAGACGAGUUUGGCAAAGGAGCAACUGCCACAGGAUGGCUCGGGACGAUUCCAUUUGGUCUGACCUACCUCGCCACCCCCAUCUCAAACUCUCUCAUAGCACGAUACCAACAUCGAUGGAUUGCUGCUAUAGGUGUCAUCUCUUGCUUUAUAUCUCUCAUUGUGACGUCAUUCAUGAAUAGUCUCCUUCCCAUGUUCUUCACCUUUAGUCUGCUAUACGGGUUUGGUAUCAACUUUGUGACGGCUUCUGGGUUAAAUAUCAUAUUACAGUACUUCCCAGACAAAAAUUCAGCCAGGGCUGUGACGAUGGCACUUAUAGGAUGCAGUACAGGUCUUUUAGCCUUGAACCCUCUCAUAUACUUCCUCAUCAAUGCCGUUGGUUGGAGGAAUACUAUACGGAUCGCAUCAGCUCUCAUUCUAGUUACCGGUGUAGGGGCUGUCUCUACGUACACCCCUCCUCGGAAGGACACGGACCAACCUAAGUCAUACAUGAAAAUAGAAGCGGACACAGAAAAAGAAAAUCUCUUUGGUGUUAAAGUAGAUGCAAGUGACAUUACACUUCAAAAUAAGGUUUUGGAUGAAGGGAACAAAGUACCGAGAGCCCUGAGAGUAUUAGGGUAUCCAGAAUUGUGGAUUUUGGCUUCUGCUCUAGUAGUUUCCUGUGCUGGUGUUUGUUUCUUUUACAUGAGCUUGGUAAGAUAUCCAAAGUUCUAUUAAAACAUGGAUUUAUAUUUUAUUGUCGAUCGUUGCACUACACUAAGAUUGCAAUUGAUUUAGUGAACCGAUUUGAGCUGUCAGCUGUGCACUAAAGUGAUAAAAUAAAAUCUUUAGGAGGCCCCAUGAAUUCCAAAUCCGAAACCAAUUUCUAGAUCAAUGAGUAAUUCAAUUCCUUGCACAUAGCGGCUAAAUCAUAAUACCCUGUAUUUUAUUGAGCAGAAUUCGAAAAUAUCACGUUAAUUGGCUUUGAGGGUCCGUUAUGAAUCUUUUUGGAGACUAUCAUCUUUAUUACUAUUUUUAUUUAAUCGGAUUUAACUCCCAAUAGCUAAGUAGAGCAUAAUGUAGAUAAUAUCCUUUCUACAUGAAGGUUGUACACAAAGCUAUAUGUGCAAAUUAAUCCAUAACAUAUCCUUGAUGAUUACAGGUAGUUGCGGUAGUAUUUCCACUCUAUCCAGUUAAUAUUGAAACGAUUGGGGGAUUGAUGUCCCUUGAUUUGAAGAUUUUAGGAAUUUGGGGAAAAUUACCCUUAAAGAUAAAGAUGAAAUGUUUAAUAUACUCAUCGACCUAAAGAAAGUUCGCAGUGAUCCAUAAAAUACAGACAUGUAUCUCACCAAUCCAAAAUACCUGAAAACUUGAUUGGAACCAUGAAGAGGAAUGGUAUAUUAAACAAAUAAUUGAUGCAAGCGCGAAGCGCAAGCCGAAAAUUUUGAUUUCCGACCAGAAAACUGGACAUUCUAAGCACUUUUUGUAUGAAUAAUAUGCGUAUGUAUACUAAGCAAUUCACGCAAGCGCGCGAGCUGAAUAUUUUGAUUAACUGCCCUGAAAAAAGACAUGUUUAAGACAAAUUGUGUGAAAUUAGAUUUUUUUCGUAUCGCAUCUGCAACGGAAACAUUCAAUAUGCGUUUCGUGUGCAAAAUUCUGGUUGCUACUAUGAAAACAGCGAUAUAUCCGAUUUAGGACGACUUUCCAGAGCCACAUUUGGUUCCUCCCAGAGCUCGAGAGGCCGCCCGGGGGGGGGGGGGGGGGGCACUUCCAUUGACGAGUGGAUACCACUCGUCAAUCCCCCAUUUCUGGGGAAAGUAAAACAUAAUGCCCAUUAUAUUGUGUGCUAGAGGCAUAUCGUUUGUGUAGAAGGAGUAAACAAAAGAAAAAACCCCGCAAAUUCGACUGAAGUUCAGACGUAUGGGCCUAUUGCAUAUGCUGUGUACAUAUCAACGCAUGCGAAAUGGUUUCGGCUGGAGAGGUGAUCUGACCCAUGGAAUCAAUUGCCAGUGAUCCACCAAUAAUCCACAUUAAAUGCAAUAUCGAUUCGAUGGACUGUAAUGAUCUAUAUCUAAGCCUUAAUUCAGUAAGUUUUUCCUCACUCAACAUGUACUCGAUUUGUUUGAAAAAACACUUUCUUAUCCAUGUCAUAUUCUAUUGUGGGCCCUGCAUUUCGAAUAUCUCCAGCCAGUUGUCAUAGUAGAGGCUCGCCGCCGGCUCAGGGGGCAUAUACGAUGAUGACCAGACGUACAUUCAUGAAAACGGGAUUUAAUCUCGCAGGAUGGUGCGGGUGUCGCGUGAUAGAAUUUUGCACACGAAAAGCAGAUCUAUAGGGCCUGUACCACAAAGCUUAGCAAUGCAUGUAGAACAGUUUUCUAUGAUUGAUUCCAUUGAUUAUAAUGUACAAUUAAUCGUGAAAAUCGAAUGUACGAUAAAUCGCAAUUUUUUUGUGUUAGGGGACCAUAAUGUUACCGUCCCUGAGGUUUGCGAAAGGUGGCUAUUGUCUAGACCAAAAGCUUCAGUCUCUGUAUUUUGGUUGUUCCGCUGAACUACGUUGGCUCCACUCACCAUACAUAGACUGAAGGGGAUGGGGCCCCGUACCUACAGCCAACGUAUAGUGAACUAGCGUUUUAUAGAUCGCGAUUUAAAACUGUUUUUUUAAGCAAAAUUGAAAGUUUCAUGGUUUCCAUUAUCAGGGAAAUAUAAAUAACUUAAGUAAUUGCAUACCUUGGGCCGGAGUUAUUGAAAAAAAUCCUCUGGAUGAUUGAGAAAUCUGUCAUCUAAGACAUUUUCACCUGACCUGACGGUUUUUCUUGCAAGUUGCCAUCUUGAAUGACGUCAUUAUCGUUAUUAACUUAAUGUCUCGAAUCGAUAUAUCGCGAUUAUAACUAGUACUAGUACUAGUAUAACUAGUAUCGUUUAUCUUCGGUUUCGUUCGCAUAUGGAGCAGAUCGUAUAAUAUCGAAAGCAAUAUCGAUAUCACAUUCGUGAUUGUUGACGUUCGUUUGUAAAUAUUUUAUAGUUUGGCUGCCAUUUUGACCAUUUUUAUCGUGUUCAACCCAAUUAAACAUCGGUAAAGUAUAUUUUUCAUGCCUUUUUCAUCUAUAUCUAUUAAAGUAUUUAAACAUUGAAAUAUCAAAUUUAAAAGUUUGUUGUUUAUACAUCCUUAGAUUGUAAAUUCGAUGUGUAAAAUUACAUCAAACUUUGGACUGUGAAUUGACAAAAGGGAGGGAAUGAGAACACAUGCGAGCCCACACGUACACCCUACCGUCGGUAAAUGGGGAUUACAGUAAAAUGUCAGAAAUUGUUGAAUAAAUCCCCAGAAACGACGGUUAUUCCUGUCUAGCUAUUGUCUUACCUGCAUAGCAGAGUGAGACUAUAGGCGCCGCUUUUCCGACGGCGGCGGCGGCGUCAACACCAAAUCUUAACCAAAUCUUAACCGAAGAUUAAGUUUUUGAAAUGACAACAUAACUUAGAAAGUAUAUGAACCUAGUUCAUGAAAUAGGCUAUAAGGUUAAUCAAGGAUAACUGAACAUCCUGCCUGAGUUUCAGGUCACAUGACCAAGGUCAAAGGUCAUUUAGGGUCAAUGAACUUAGACCAUGUUGUGGGAAUCAACAUCAAAAUCUUAACCUAAGGUUAAGUUUUUGAAAUGUCAU